GCAACUUCAAGACGACAUGCAAACAACAAAGAAGAGCAAAACCAGACAAAGUAAAGCUGUAACCAAUAACCAAAUCCCAAAUUUCAUUAAACAAAUCCACCCCACAACUCAAUGACUGUACGUUCUCAUACAUAUCUAUAAACAUCCAAAGAAUCAACAAAUUGUUCACCUGAACACUAACAUUUCAUCAACAGCAAACAUUAAACUAUUGAUUCUUUUUGUUUUUUUUCCCUUAAAUUUCACAACUUUGUCUUCGCUCAUAUCUUUAUCUGGGUGAACAAACAAGAAAACCCCUUGGAAUUUUGCCAUAAAAAAUGGGGGAAAAGUUCAAAGCUUCAGCAGUUUCAGAGCUAACAAUCCCACCUCGAGCCCCUAAUUUUGAAGCAUUUUUUGGCGGUGGAAAUAUGCCCUAUUUUAGCCCAGGUCCAAUGACACUUGUCUCCAGCUUCUUCUCGGAAUCCGAAUACCCGUCUUUCUCCCAGCUUCUUGCUGGAGCUAUGGCUUCUCCACUAGCAAAACCACCGACUCUUUUCCCUGAAAAUUCAACCGGAGAAGAGAAUUGUAAAGAGGGGAAUCAGAAGAAUUUAGGGUAUAAGCAGAAUCAACCCAUGAGUUUAAUGUUGGCUCAAAAUUCUCCUUUGUUUAUGAUUCCCACUGGUCUUACUCCUUCUGGAUUGCUUAAUUCACCUGGGUUUCUUUCCCCUCUUCAGAGUCCUUUUGGAAUGUCACACCAGCAGGCCCUAGCACACGUCACAGCGCAGGCAGCAUUAUCCCAGUCUUACUUACAAACCCAAGCUGAGUAUCAUUUCUCCUCGCAAGGGACAUCAGCUCAAGUAUUAGGAAUUGAAACGUCGACCGAGCCAUCAGAAUGUUCUUUACAACCUCAAUUAGAUGCUGUGCCGUCAGACCAGCAGACCAAGAAAAUUGAACUGCCACUGGUUUCUCAAUCUGAGGACAAGCCAUCUUUUGCUUCUGUCGAUAGACCAGCUUGUGAUGGUUACAACUGGAGGAAGUAUGGACAGAAGAUGGUUAAAGCAAGUGAAUGUCCUCGGAGCUACUAUAAAUGCACACAUCUCAAGUGUCCUGUCAAGAAGAAGGUCGAGCUAUCCAUUGAUGGUCACAUAACUGAGAUCACAUAUAAAGGCCAUCACAACCAUGAACUUCCUCAACCAAGCAAACGCAGAAGAGAUAGUUGUGCUCAGGAUGGUUCAGAUUGCUCCAAAGCUAAACCUGAAAGCGAAAUGCUGAGUGGGACCGAAGUCAACGGCUUAAAUGGUGCUCUCCCUGGUCGUUCUGGACAAGUGUCUACUGAAAUGGCAUCUGGACUUCUUCUCUCUAAUGAAUGUGAUAAAAUUGAGGACACUGCAACAGCAGCAGAAGAGGGACAUGAUGAUGAACCAAAUGUGAAGAGAAUGAAGACAGCUGUUGAGGCUCCUAAUCUCGCUUCAUCACAUAAAGCAGUAUCAGAAUCCAAGAUUGUUGUGCAGACAAGGAGUGAAGUAGACAUUUUGGAUGACGGGUUCAAGUGGCGAAAAUAUGGGCAGAAAGUGGUGAAGGGGAAUCAUCAUCCGAGGAGUUAUUAUCGCUGCACAUAUCCUGGAUGCAAUGUCCGCAAACAUGUCGAAAGGGCUUCAGCAGAUCCAAAAGCUGUCAUAACAACAUAUGAAGGCAAACACAAUCACGAUAUUCCCAUUGCUAGAAACAGAAGUCAUAGCACAGCCCAAGAUAGUACUCGCCAGUUGAACGAGCAAGACGUUGCAACUUGGAGGCCUUCACUUCAUGAAAAUGUUGCUUUUCAUAACAACAAUGAAAUACCAGUGUGUAGGCAGCUGAAAGAGGAACAGAUUGCAGCAUAAGUUGCAUUACUACAAGGGAAAGGGUGAAACAAGUAUACAUUUGCUACUGCCAUCAAGAUUAAAUCUUUAUUGAAAACCUCAUACUGAUUCAAUGUAUAAUGUUUGUAAAUCUUAUGGCUACUUGCGCAAGAUGUCUAUAUAUUGUUAAACAGUUAAAGGUGCUCAAAUAGUUUGUUCACAGUAGUUUGAAACUUCUGGAGCUAGCUUCAAAAACUAAUGGCCUAUGAACUUUUCUGAAAACAGGAAUAUAGAUUUACGAACUUGGAAAUA